CCCCCCGGCUAUGGAGGGUGGGCUUUAAAAUGAAUCCCCAUCUGGACGUGAGCCACAAUAUAUCAGCACCUGCCUAUUGGGAAGAACCGAGUGGUGGAAACCUCACUGGUCCCAAUCAGACGUCCAGCAAUUCCACUCCCUCUGAGCUGGAUAUCAGGAGGGCCAUUUCUGUGGGCAUUGUGCUGGGUGCCUUCAUCCUCUUUGCCAUCGUGGGCAACAUCCUGGUGAUCCUCUCUGUGGCAUGCAACCGUCACCUGCGGACACCCACCAACUACUUCAUAGUUAACCUCGCCAUUGCAGACCUGCUGCUGAGUUUCACAGUCCUGCCUUUCUCUGCUGCCCUUGAAGUGCUCGGCUACUGGGUGUUGGGAAGGAUAUUUUGUGACAUCUGGGCUGCAGUGGACGUGCUGUGCUGCACAGCAUCCAUCCUGAGUCUCUGUGCCAUCUCUAUCGAUAGAUACAUCGGAGUUCGCUACUCUCUUCAGUAUCCAACACUGGUCACCAGGAAAAAGGCCAUCCUGGCCCUACUCAGUGUGUGGGUGUUAUCCAUGGUGAUCUCCAUUGGCCCUCUCCUUGGGUGGAAGGAGCCUGCGCCUAAGGAUGAGAAGGAGUGUGGUGUCACUGAAGAGCCCUUUUACGCCCUCUUCUCCUCCUUGGGCUCCUUUUAUAUCCCGCUUGCUGUUAUCCUCGUGAUGUAUUGCCGAGUCUACAUCGUGGCCAAAAGGACCACCAAGAACCUGGAGGCAGGAGUCAUGAAGGAGAUGUCAAACUCCAAGGAGCUGACCCUGCGGAUCCACUCCAAGAACUUUCAUGAGGAUGCCCUCAGUAGCACCAAGGCCAAGGGCCACAACCCUAGAAACUCAAUAGCUGUCAAACUUUUUAAGUUCUCCAGGGAAAAGAAGGCAGCCAAGACCUUGGGCAUUGUGGUCGGCAUGUUUAUUUUAUGCUGGCUUCCAUUCUUCAUUAUUCUACCGCUUGGAUCCCUGUUUGCUACUCUGAAGCCCCCAGACACUGUCUUCAAAGUGGUCUUCUGGCUUGGCUACUUCAACAGCUGCAUCAACCCCAUUAUCUAUCCCUGCUCCAGCAAGGAAUUCAAGCGCGCCUUCCUCCGCAUCCUCAAAUGCCAGUGCCAUCGGCGGAAUCGGCUAGGCUGGUGGAAUUACAACUACCGAGCCUGGAAUCGAGGCUCCUUUGAACACUCUCGCAAGGACUCUCUGGAUGACAGUGGGAGCUGCCUAAGCGGCAGCCAGAGGACCCUCAACUCAGCCACCCCCAGCCCUGGGUACCUGAGCAAGGUCACCCACCCACAGAUGGAGAUGUACACUUUCUCAGAAUGGAAGAGUUCUGGCACCUUCCUGAGCCCACCCCACCCAGAGCCGCCAGGGCGCCACCGAGACACAGGCCACCUCUUCACCCUCAAGUAUCUAGCAGAACACGAGAGACACCCAGGGCUGGACAGCAAUGGGGGCUGUGAGGUAGCUGCCAACAUGGCCAAUGGCCAAGUUGGCUUCAAAAAAAAUAUGCCCCUUGGGCCAAAUCAGUUCUAAGGGACCAUCCUUAAUAUCCCCCGUCAUCCUGCUCCAUCAUUCAUUGGCAGACCCCACACCUGGUUUCCUGCCCUGGGAAAGACAUA